GCCCACACCAUCCCCUCCGCCCCUGCAACGCACCUCCAGAUCCGGCGGCCGGUGGCGCGCCCAACCAACGGCGCUGAUAACCUCCGCCAUCUCCGUCCAUCUCCACACAGAAAAGCUGCAGGCCUGCGCGAUGUCGGAGUCGGUCGACACGCCCGAGAGCGGCGGCGGGGCCAAGGAGCAGGAGCGGUUCCUGCCGAUCGCCAACAUCGGCCGCAUCAUGCGGCGCGGCGUGCCGGAGAACGGCAAGAUCGCAAAGGACGCCAAGGAGUCCAUCCAGGAGUGCGUCUCCGAGUUCAUCAGCUUCAUCACCAGCGAAGCCAGCGACAAGUGCAUGAAGGAGAAGCGCAAGACCAUCAACGGGGACGACCUCAUCUGGUCCAUGGGCACGCUCGGCUUCGAGGACUACGUCGAGCCCCUCAAGCUCUACCUAAAGCUCUACCGGGAGAUGGAGGGUGACACAUCAAAAGGUUCGCAGUCAGGAAAGAAAGAGGUUGUACUUAAUGGGCAACCUGGAUCAUCGUUCAACGGCAUGUAAAAUGGAGGAGGAUGAGACCCUCGCCUAUCCCAGCUAGUCAGACAUAUCACUCCUUGGAAGCUUGAUGGCUAAACCAUUGUGGUCAUGGAAUGAACCCAGAACCCUGAUAGUUCUGUACUAUCAGGAUGCUUCCAUUGCUAUCUAUAGAUUUUAGUUGCUCUCUAAAACAGUGUUUGCAUUAGCCGGUAUGUGCAGUACUUGUGCAUACGUAGUAGCUCGUAGUUUAGUUUAGUCUCUGUGCUAUAUGGAUUCAUGUAACCGUAUUGCCCAUUUGGGGCGCUGCCUGGUAUGGUAAAUUCAGAAGAUAUCUGCUAGACCUCACUUUGCCCCCUUCUACUUUAGCGAGAUCUGAGCAGGUGAGAACUGUAAUAAGAUUGUGAUGCCUGGGGCUUAUGGUUGAACAGGUCUAGAACAGUG